UAAGAACGAGAACCGACGCUGGUCUAGGGUUUAAAGGUUUCUUUGUUUCUGCGUUGUGUUUUUGUUUUUGUGGAAAUCGAUAGCUCUCUCAAUUAGGGGUUCGCGAUAAAUGGCUCGGUUCGUUCUUCCAUCGAAGACACUGACCUUUUCGAGGAACACUCUUCUGGGUUUGAUCUCCCCUGCUCCUGUUAAUUGCAGUGUUUGUUAUUUUCAGAAUACAGCAAGAAGGAGCAUCAGAUUCAAGCAUUUCCUUGCUUCAGAGGUCAAUUUCCGAAAGAAGUAUUGCCCAUUAUAUUCUUCACUAUCAAGGGUCAAGCAAGUAAGUAGGAGACUACUUUGUUCAGUUGCCACAGAGGAUUCACCAAAGCAAGUUGAAGAAUCCAAAAUGGAGACACCAAGGGAAAUAUUCUUAAAGGAUUACAAGAUGCCUGAUUACUACUUUGACACUGUAGAUCUGAAAUUUACCUUGGGAGAGGAGAAGACCAUAGUUAGUUCUAAAAUUGCUGUGUAUCCUCGCAUUGAAGGUUCUACUCCCCCACUAGUUUUAGAUGGACAGGACUUAUCUUUAGUUUCAAUUCACCUGAAUGGCAAGGCUUUGAAGGAGGAAGAUUAUCAUUUGGAUGCACGCCAUCUCACAAUCCAAUCACCUCCUAGUGGUAAAUAUGAUCUUGAAAUUGUUACAGAUAUUUGUCCACAGAAAAACACAUCAUUAGAGGGACUUUACAAAUCAUCUGGGAAUUUCUGUACUCAAUGCGAGGCUGAAGGCUUCCGUAAAAUUACAUUUUUUCAGGAUCGACCUGAUAUAAUGGCAAAAUAUACAGUUCGCAUCGAGGCAGAUAAAUCACUGUAUCCAGUGUUAUUGUCUAAUGGAAACCUAGCUGAACAAGGUGACUUAGAGGAUGGCAGGCAUUAUGCUGUUUGGGAGGACCCCUUCAAGAAACCUUCUUAUCUGUUUGCCUUGGUUGCCGGGCAAUUGCAGAGCAGAGAUGACACAUUUGUUACCCGUUCAGGGAGGAAGGUGUCCCUUAGGAUAUGGACACCUGCAGAUGAUGUACCUAAGACUGCACAUGCUAUGUAUUCUCUGAAAGCAGCUAUGAAGUGGGAUGAAGAUGUUUUUGGACUUGAAUAUGACCUGGAUCUCUUCAAUGUUGUUGCUGUCCCAGAUUUUAACAUGGGAGCCAUGGAAAACAAGAGCUUGAAUAUUUUCAAUUCAAAGCUUGUAUUGGCCUCUCCAGAAACUGCUACUGAUGCAGACUAUGCUGCAAUAUUGGGAGUUAUUGGCCAUGAGUAUUUCCACAACUGGACUGGCAACAGAGUGACAUGUCGCGACUGGUUCCAGCUUAGCCUGAAGGAAGGUCUCACUGUUUUUCGUGAUCAGGAAUUUUCAUCUGACAUGGGAAGUUGUACUGUAAAGCGGAUUGCUGAUGUUUCAAAACUUAGAAAUUACCAGUUUCCACAGGAUGCAGGUCCUAUGGCCCAUCCAGUGCGACCACACUCUUACAUCAAGAUGGACAACUUCUACACAGUUACGGUCUACGAAAAGGGGGCUGAAGUUGUGAGAAUGUACAAAACCUUGCUAGGAAGUCAAGGGUUCCGAAAAGGCAUGGAUCUUUAUUUUAAGAGACAUGAUGGCCAAGCUGUAACAUGUGAAGAUUUUUUUGCCGCCAUGCGAGAUGCAAAUGAUGCAGAUUUUGCAAAUUUCUUGCUAUGGUAUUCUCAAGCUGGGACCCCUGUUGUCAUAGUAAAUACUUCUUAUAAUCCAGAAGCACAUACUUUUUCUUUAAAAUUUAGUCAAGAUAUACCACCAACCCCAGGGCAAUCAGUUAAGGAACCCACAUUCAUUCCUGUUGCAGUGGGUUUGCUUGAUUCCAUGGGAAAGGACAUUCCUCUUUCAACUGUUUACCAUAAUGGUACUAUGCAAUCUGUUUCAAGCAAUGAUCAAUCAGUCUGCACUACAGUCCUUAGAGUGACCAAGAAAGAGGAAGAGUUUGUAUUCACCGAUAUAUUUGAAAGGCCUGUUCCUUCUUUGUUAAGAGGAUACAGUGCUCCUAUUCGUCUGGAAUCUGAUCUCACUGAUAGCGACCUGUUUUUCUUACUAGCCAAUGAUUCCGAUGAAUUCAACCGUUGGGAGGCUGGACAAGUUUUGGCACGGAAGUUGAUGCUUAACUUAGUGGAUGAUUUGCAACGUAACAAACCAUUGGUUUUAAAUUCCAAUUUUGUUCAAGGGUUCAAACGUAUUUUAUGUGACUCAAGUCUGGACAAAGAGUUUGUGGCAAAGGCAAUAACUUUGCCUGGUGAGGGAGAAAUAAUGGAUAUGAUGGGGGUUGCAGAUCCUGAUGCUGUUCAUACUGUUCGGACUUUCAUCAGGAAGCAGCUUGCAAGUGAACUGAGAUCAGAGUUCCUCAGCACAGUGGAAAAUAACAGGAGCUCAGAAGAAUAUGUCUUCAAUCACUCAAACUUGGCCAGGCGUGCUCUGAAGAAUGUUGCUCUUGCUUAUCUUGGAUGCCUUGAGGAAAAAGAAUUCACCGAUCUUGUGUUGCAUGAGUAUAAAACUGCUACAAAUAUGACUGAGCAGUUUGCUGCCUUGGCUGCCAUAGCUCAGAACCCUGGUAAAACCCGUGAUGAUGUUCUUGAUGACUUUUAUGGCAAGUGGCAGCAUGAUUUCUUGGUGGUGAACAAAUGGUUUGCUCUUCAAGCAAUGUCUGACAUUCCUGGUAAUGUUGAGAAUGUGCGGAAACUGUUAAGCCACCCAGCAUUUGAUCUGCGCAAUCCCAACAAAGUGUACUCUCUCAUUGGAGGUUUCUGUGGGUCUCCGGUGAACUUUCAUGCAAAGGAUGGGUCAGGCUACAAGUUUUUGGGAGAGAUUGUGCUGCAACUUGACAAGCUAAAUCCUCAGGUAGCCUCGAGAAUGGUGUCAGCCUUCUCAAGAUGGAGGCGUUAUGAUGAAGACAGACAAAAGCUUGCAAAGGCGCAGUUGGAGAGGAUCAUGUCUACUAAUGGACUAUCGGAGAAUGUGUUUGAGAUAGCUUCGAAAAGCUUAGCUGCCUAAAAGUGUUAAUGGCGUAUGAAAAACUGCCAUGAUGUGUUAGUGGCGAAAGCAAUUGCAGCAACGAUCCCAAUAUCUUUUGCAAAGCUUUGGCGCCACAAUGGGUAGCUCUCUUUUUGCAUCCAUGUCUUAACUCGGGGUGAUUUCUUUAUCUUUUUCCCAAGGAUGUGUAGGGCGUUAUGCAAUAAAAGCUGAACUAGUUUAUCUACGUAACUUUAAAAUGUGAUUCAGUGGAUAUUCGUUUGUUAUACCGUUUUUUAUUUUUGGUUUUAUUGAUAAUUUGACAAGGAAA